AUGAAGCAAAAUCAAAAAAAUGAGGAAACUCAAACAAAAAUCUACAAAUAAAAAAUCUAAAACUACAUAAAUCAUUAAAAAAGAGACCCAAGAAUUAAAGAUAUGACUAAUGAAAAGAUCCUAACUAAAUUGUUAUUAGAUUCAUUGAUGAUAGAAGAUAAUCAAUAAUAUAAUACAAGAAUUUUUGAUGUUAUCAAAGAAUCUAUUUGGAGUUAUCAAAUUAAAAGUAAAUCUAUCCUAUAAAAUAGAAUAAAUUCUUAAUAAGAUCAUUAAUAAAAAUGAUAAAAUAUAAUCAAUUGUUUCUUCAAUGUUAUUAAUAUUAGAUGGAUAUUUUAAUUACAAUAGUAAGAAAGUCAACUUGAUCUACUUAAAAGUUCCAUAUGUUUUGAGAUAUCAAAGUUUUUUUUUAUUUCAAUCUACAGAAAAUUUCAGUGUUUUAUUUGAAGUUGGCUUACAUAAAUAGUAUAAUGAUACCAAACAAUAAGUAAAUCUAAAAAUUUAUAUUAGUAUUGUUAUUUUGAUAUCUUUUAAAAAAUUACUUUUAUAGAAAUCUUCUUUUUUUAAAAAGGUUAAGAAAUUACAGAUGCUAUAUAAGAAUAUUAAAUUAAUAAUUCAAAAGAUUUCUAUAGAAUGGAAUUAGACUAAAUAGAAUGUGUUAGUGUACCAUUAACAGGAAACGAUGCCAAAUAGUAAAGCUACUUAUUUUAAGUUUAAAAUAAAAUUUGGCCUGAAUCAUUAUAUUUUUAAUAAAGUUAGAAUAUAAUUUAAUGGAUUCCUUUAAAAUUUAAAUAACUUAUAGAAAAUAAAUCGGAUCUCUUAUUUAAAGGAUAGUUUAUAAAGAAAUCUUAUUAUGAAAAGUUAUCAAAUUAAUUUCAUUAUGAAUAGAUUGGAAAUUAAAAUAAGUAUAAAUUAAUAUAAUUUGUUGAUUUUGAAUCUGUAGGCAAAAUUUUAGAUUUAUUGUAAAGAUCUUAAUAAUUUAAAAUAAAACUAUCGGAUUAAGAAAGAUAAAUUGUUACUACAAAGAAUAAUGCAUUAGUUAUUGGUAGAAGUGGAACAGGAAAAACAACUAGUACUGUAUUAAGAAUAUUUGCUACAGAAAUGUUAGUAAAAGUAAGAAGCAAACUACUUGGUUAAAAAAGAAUAUAAUUUUUGUAAGAUUAUUAGGGAAAAGAAGUUUAAAUUCAUUCUUUAUUUUCAACUGCUAAUAAGUAUUUAGUUUAAGAAGUGGAAAAGUAUUAUCAUAAAUUAGAAAAAUAAGCUUAAGAAGUUAUAAAUAGUCAUAGAGAUUCAAAGACUUUUAAUUUAGAUGAAUCAUUGUAAUUUAAAACAUUUAGUAAAUUAGUGUUUCAAUUAAUGAAAGUGUCAUAUCAAACUAUGAAUCUGAUAUAUUAGAUUUUGUUUCACUUUAGCCAGAGGAAUACUGCCCAUAUAAUCAAAAUAGAGGAAUUCAUUAAUUAGACAAACAAAUAUUGAAUGAAUAAUCAUUGUAAUAAACAAAGUUUCCUGGUUUUUUAUCUACAGAAUAGCUUCUAAUUCUUUUAGAUAAAACAUCUUUAAAUCCAUUUUUCUCAAUCGAAAAAAUUAAUAAAUUUAGAUUAAAGCACAGUAACAAAAUUGGAUUCUAAGAUUUCAAUGGAAUAAAUCUAGAUGAAUGGUUUCCUUAAAAUAAAAAUGUUUAAUCUUAAUCCUCUUUUUCAAAUGAUAUUCAACAUAAAUAAGAUAUCAUUUUACCUGAAGUUGAUUUUAUGUUAUUUUAUUUAUAAUUUUGGCCUUAGGUUUGUGGAAGAGGAAGAAACAAUUUUGAUAAUACUGCUCUUCCAUCAUUAAUAUGGACAUAGAUAUACUCAUACAUUAAAGGUUCUUAAUAUUCAUAUAUUUACCCUGAUAGAUGUCUUCCUUUUCAUUUAUAUAAAGAAAGAGUUGGAAAUUAUUUGAGUGAAGCAUAGAUGAUAGAAAUUUAUGAUUGCUUUUUAAAAUAUGAGAUUUGGAAAGAAAAAGAAUAAUAUAUAGAUCAAUUAGAUCUGAUUAAUUAAUUAUUAAUUAAUAUAGAAUAAAAUGAAUUAAUUCGAUUUCCUUUUCAUUAUUCUUAUAUUGAUGAAGUGUAAGAUUUACCUUAGGCUAUGAUUGAACUAUUUUGUAAAAUAACAGAAUAAGGAAUAAUAUUUUGUGGUGAUUCAGCUUAAAGUAUUCUGAAGGGAGUAGGAUUUAGAUUUUCUGAUCUAUAAACUAUUUUUAAAACUUCAAAAAAAAUAGGAUCUAAUUAAUUAGAGAAAUUUUAAGUUUAUUAAUUAACCAAAAAUUUUAGAUCUCAUAAUAAUAUACUUUAAUUGGCUAAUUGUAUAAUUAUANUACAGAAAUGUUAGUAAAAGUAAGAAGCAAACUACUUGGUUAAAAAAGAAUAUAAUUUUUGUAAGAUUAUUAGGGAAAAGAAGUUUAAAUUCAUUCUUUAUUUUCAACUGCUAAUAAGUAUUUAGUUUAAGAAGUGGAAAAGUAUUAUCAUAAAUUAGAAAAAUAAGCUUAAGAAGUUAUAAAUAGUCAUAGAGAUUCAAAGACUUUUAAUUUAGAUGAAUCAUUGUAAUUUAAAACAUUUAGUAAAUUAGUGUUUCAAUUAAUGAAAGUGUCAUAUCAAACUAUGAAUCUGAUAUAUUAGAUUUUGUUUCACUUUAGCCAGAGGAAUACUGCCCAUAUAAUCAAAAUAGAGGAAUUCAUUAAUUAGACAAACAAAUAUUGAAUGAAUAAUCAUUGUAAUAAACAAAGUUUCCUGGUUUUUUAUCUACAGAAUAGCUUCUAAUUCUUUUAGAUAAAACAUCUUUAAAUCCAUUUUUCUCAAUCGAAAAAAUUAAUAAAUUUAGAUUAAAGCACAGUAACAAAAUUGGAUUCUAAGAUUUCAAUGGAAUAAAUCUAGAUGAAUGGUUUCCUUAAAAUAAAAAUGUUUAAUCUUAAUCCUCUUUUUCAAAUGAUAUUCAACAUAAAUAAGAUAUCAUUUUACCUGAAGUUGAUUUUAUGUUAUUUUAUUUAUAAUUUUGGCCUUAGGUUUGUGGAAGAGGAAGAAACAAUUUUGAUAAUACUGCUCUUCCAUCAUUAAUAUGGACAUAGAUAUACUCAUACAUUAAAGGUUCUUAAUAUUCAUAUAUUUACCCUGAUAGAUGUCUUCCUUUUCAUUUAUAUAAAGAAAGAGUUGGAAAUUAUUUGAGUGAAGCAUAGAUGAUAGAAAUUUAUGAUUGCUUUUUAAAAUAUGAGAUUUGGAAAGAAAAAGAAUAAUAUAUAGAUCAAUUAGAUCUGAUUAAUUAAUUAUUAAUUAAUAUAGAAUAAAAUGAAUUAAUUCGAUUUCCUUUUCAUUAUUCUUAUAUUGAUGAAGUGUAAGAUUUACCUUAGGCUAUGAUUGAACUAUUUUGUAAAAUAACAGAAUAAGGAAUAAUAUUUUGUGGUGAUUCAGCUUAAAGUAUUCUGAAGGGAGUAGGAUUUAGAUUUUCUGAUCUAUAAACUAUUUUUAAAACUUCAAAAAAAAUAGGAUCUAAUUAAUUAGAGAAAUUUUAAGUUUAUUAAUUAACCAAAAAUUUUAGAUCUCAUAAUAAUAUACUUUAAUUGGCUAAUUGUAUAAUUAUAAUACUUGAACUUUUAUUUCCUCAUAGUUUAGAUCACUUACAAAAAGAAAUUUCAAAUCUUAAAGGUCCAAAACCUGUAAUUAUUUCAAAAGCUGAUCCUUCCUUAAUUUUUUGUUAUUUAAACUAAGAUUGUGAUGCUGAAGAAUAAUGUGAAAUAGAAUUUGGCUAUAAUCAAGUUAUAAUUGUAAAAAGUGAAGAAGCAAAAGAAACUUUACCGUAACAUUUUAAAAAAGCGAGAGUACUUACAACGUACCAAACAAAGGGAUUAGAAUUUGAUGAUGUUAUUCUAUAUAAUUGUUUUAGUUCUGACCCCAUUCCAGAAUAGUAAUGGGCCUUUUUAUCUUGUCUAGAUGUAGAUGAAUCAUAUAUUGAUAAGUAAGUUUUUGAAGCAUCUAUAACAUGUAUAUUUAUAUUAAUAUAAUAGAAUUUGAGGAGUAAAAUAGUUAGUGUGAUAUAUAAUUAAAAGAAGAUGGAAAGUAAGUUGUUUAAAAAAAAAUAACUUUAAAUUAUAGAUAUGACAAAAAGAAAACUAAUGAUUAUUCGACUCUUUGUAAUGAAUUGAAGAUGUUAUAUGUUUGUGUAACUAGGGCUAAAAAGAGAGUAAUUAUUUAUGAUGAUGACCCAUCAUAGAGGUAUCAUAUAGAAAGAAUUCUAAAAUAAUAUUAGGUUUGUGAUUUUAUAAGUAAUGUUGAUUAAAUUUAUCAAAUAACCUAAAAAAAUAAGAAAGUUUUUGAAAAGAAUUAAAAUAAAUUACAACAAGAAAUUCAAUAAAGAUAGCCAAGAAUAUUGAAUGAUGAGGAAAGGUAAAUAUGGGAAACAUAAGGACAAUUGAUGUUUUAAAAAAAGCUUUAUGAUGAAGCAUAGAAGUGUUUUUAGAGAUGUAAAAAUUAAAGAAUGGCUAAAUUAUCUGAAGCGUUUCUAUUUGCGGCUAAAGGAUCUUAAAAAUUAGCUAACUAUAAAUCAUAUAAAAUUUAAUUUAAAAAAAAUGGUACUUUAGAUCUUAAAAAAAAAUUGAUGAAUUAGAAUCAUAAUUAAAAUAAGAUUUUCAAAUAGCAGCAUAAACAUUUUUAGAUCCUUUAAUAAAUGAUUUAUAAUAAGCAGCAAAUUGUUAUUACUCUGGUAUGAUGUAUGAAGAGAGCGUUAUUUUGUUUUUAAAUUUAGAAUUAUAUCCAUAAGCUGCAAAAAGUGCAAAAAAGUAAAAAUAAAUUUUGUUAGCAAUUCUAAUUUAUUUUAAUUUAGGUGAUCAUAUGAAUUUAUUAAAAUUACUUUCAGGAAAUAAUUAAAAUGAGGGUUUCCAAUAUGGGUUUUUCAAAUAUGAUUUCCUAAAAGAAUGUUAAAAUAAGGGCCUUUUAAAUAAAGAUGAAGUAAAAUACUAUCUAUUAAAUUAAUUAUAAGAUUUUUAACAAAAUGUUUUCCAUUUAUUAGUUUAGAAAUAAAACAAUAUUGGCAAUAAUAUAGUAGAAAAAGAUAAUUUUAUAUAAAAAAGUAUUUCAAAAAACAUUUUAGACUAAGUUCCAAUAAAAGACCUUUUUGAUAAUGAAAUAAAUAGUAUACUUAAAUCAUAAAUUUAUAUUAAUGAUGAUUUAGAAGAAAUGAUUUAUGAAGAAUUCAACAUAUUUUGGGAACUUUAUUAUGAGAUAAUAGAUUAAAAAAUGAUAAUCAACAUGCAUUCAAAAUAAGAAAUUUCUAAAAUUGUUAAUUCAGAAUAGUAAAUAUAUAAAAAUGAAUCAUUAAAAUAAUUUCUUAUUGAAGUUUUUGAGUAAUUAAAUUAACAUUAGGUAAUAAUUACUCUUUAUCCAGAAAAUGAAUUAUUUUAUUAGUAUUUUGAUCCAAAAAAAUAUAAACUACAGGAAUCUGAAAAAGAUGAUAUAUAGAAUAAUAAUACAUUCUAAUUUUAUGAUUAAAUGUCAAUUUUAUAGCUAUUAUUUUUAGAUAAAAUUGAAAUAUUAAGAAAAUCUAUUAAAUCCUUAAAUGAAAACUAAAAAUUAUUAUAUAAAGAACUUAAUGAUUUAUUGUUAAAAAAGGAAGAACUUUAAGAUAUUAAAGAUGAAAAUUUAUUCCUUAUUAAGAAUUACUAUCUUCUUAACUAUUAUUUUAAAAACUAUAAACAAAAUCUUAAUAAAUAAAAUCUGGAUAAAUAUGAUCCUCCGAAAUAUAACACAUAUGAAGAGUAUUUAAGAAAAUUUGUAAAAAUAAAUUUUCCUGUUAAAUUCAAAUUAUUUUUUUAAUUUCAUGUCAAAAUUAACAAUAAUUGUGAAUUAAAUGAAGAAGAUAUAUAAGAGUUAUUUAAUUUAAAAAAUUAGAAGGAAUAAUUUAUGAUUAUUUUACAUUUUUUUCUCUAUCAUAAUAAGAGAUUUGAGGAAAAAUUCAUUAAAAAUUUUAAUUUUUAAUAACUUUUAUUUUUAGGAAAAUUUUUAAUAAUGAUAGUUCAUCUAUUUAAAGUUGAUUAAGAAAAUAAUUAAUAUCAUUAAGAUGUAUUUUCAUCUAUUUGUUCGAUAUUUGGAGCCUAUAAUUCAAAAUCCAAACUUCUUAAUCUUUUUGGAUCAAGUAUAACAUUUUAUUUUAUGAUUGAUGACACUUAAGGAUUAACUCUAAUAGAAAAUUUUGAAAUUGAAUAAAAAAUUUAAAACUUACUUACAUAGAAAAUAAAUUAACUACCGAUUCUAUAAAUACUAUUUAAUAAUAUGAUUUAAUAAAAAGGUUAUAUUAAUAAUAACCANUAUACUUAAAUCAUAAAUUUAUAUUAAUGA